UGUGGAAGGAAGGAGAGUCGGUUGAAAUGUCAGACCGAACGAACCGAUUCGCGGAACUGAUUCAGAUUGUUGUCGGUAGUCAGUCAGAAGUUUGUCGGAGUGCUUGUGCGCAGCAGGAUGACGAGGAUCGGGUCAGAGUUUCCUCGCGAGCGUCCGUGAGCACAGCACCAAUCAUGGCUGGCAGGGUCAGUUUUGACUCUGAUCUGGUCACUGAUUUCGAGAGUCCAGCAGAUGAGGAUGGGGUUCAUGAUUCAUUCAGUCAGCUGAUCCAGGAACAGUGUCACGACCUUCAUGAUGUCAUAGAGAUGACCCUGUUUGACCUGGAGGAGGAGAGCAGAGAUGACGUCGAGUGUCUGGAGGCUCCGGUGUACCAGCGGUCUGACAGCGAUGCGCCGCAGCAGACGGAUCAUCUGAUUGGAGAACGCUGGUCAUCUGACACGCUCCGAGUCCUGUCCUCCAUGCCCAGCCGCACCAUCGGUCGCAGUCGUGGCGCGAUCAUCUCUCAGUACUGCAACCGCACCAUGCAGCUGCGCAGACGCAGACAGAGCAGACCCUCCAUCCAGCACUUCCCUCGAUCCGCGCGGCCCAGCAUCCGUGGAUACCGCGUGGAAACGGACGCAGCCGGAUUUGAGGAAGAAGAGAAUAAGAGGGAGCGUUUGGUCAAUAAUCUGCAGAAUCUGUCAGCCAGUGAUCGCGUGCGUUUGCUGAGAGCGAUGCCGCUGAGUCUCGCAGAGAAGAAAGAGCUCAGGAUGUUGGUGUUGAAUAAAGCCGAACACUCUGUGUCUCAGAAUCAGAUUCCCUGCUGCAGUCAGUUCAAGUAUUACAUCAUCAUUGCGCUGAGGCACGGCUGGUACGGCUGGCUGUCGUUCCUGUCCUCACUGCAGUUGUGGCAAACAGCUCUGAAGUGUGUUGGCGGCCGCUUCGGGACAGGCGUCCUCUCGUAUUUCGUCUUCCUCAGAACGCUCCUCUUCUUCAAUGUCUUCCUGUUCCUGGUCACGGGUUUGUUGCUGGUGGUUCCUCAGGCCAUCGCUCAUCCGGAUGAGGACCAGAACGUCACUGUCAGGAGCACAUGGGGCCUGGAGGUGCUCACGGGCGCCUCCAGCAUGUCGAAGUCGUUCGGUCAGAGUUUCCGCAUCGAUAAAUCUAAAGGCUUGUUGGCCAUAAAGGUCUUCAGCUCAUGGGACUUUAAAGUCAUCAAGAAGAGCUCAGUGAGACUGCAGCGGGCAAACAUCGGCACACAGCUGAAGGAGCUGGUGGCGGAAGUGAACCGUCAGGAGCUGACGUUCCCCGUUCUGCAGCGGCUCUUCCGGGUCUUCAUCCACAUGCUGGCAUGGAUCAUGUGUUUGGGAAGCACGUUAGCGUGUGUGCUAGCUGUGUAUUACUUCUCUGAAUACAUGCACGGGGAUCUGAAUUACCGCGCUCACUCCAACUCGUCUGAUCCGCUGCUGACGGAAGCCAGUCUGCUGGCCGUUCCUGUGGUUGUGUCCAGCUUUAACCUGCUCCUGCCCGGAUUCUUCAACGCCGUGGCCUGGAUGGAGGAGUACGAUUCUCCCAGUGUGCUCAAUUACGUCUCCAUCAGCAGGAACCUGCUGCUGAAGGUGAGUGUGUUGGGAGUGCUGUGCUAUUAUUGGCUGGGCCGCGUGGCGUCGUAUCCUCACAAUCUGGGUUUAGAGUGCUGGGAGAGUUUCGUCGGGCAAGAGCUGUACCGUUUCCUCCUGAUGGACUUCAUCUUCAUGCUGCUGGAUACCUUCUUUGGAGAGUUUCUGUGGAGGGUGUUUUCUCAGAAGGCUCUGAAGAGGAAGAGGAAGCCCGUGUUUGACAUCGCCAGGAACGUUCUGGAGCUCAUCUAUGGACAGACUCUGGCCUGGCUGGGGGUUUUAUUCUCUCCUCUGCUGCCGGCGGUUCAGAUCAUUAAACUGCUCUUUCUCUUCUACAUGAAGAAGGUCAGUCUGAAGAUGAACUGUCAGGUGUCGGGGAAGCCGUGGCGCGCCUGUCAGAUGACCACCAUCUUCAUCACGCUGCUGUGUUUCCCAGCAUUCCUGGGCGCCGCCGUGUGUGUGACGUACACCAUGUGGACCGUGGAUGGUCAGCGGAAGAUCAUUGAACUGCUUCAGGAGCAGAUUGAGAAUGAGGGCGAAGAUAAGAAGUUCCUGAUCACACGACUGCAGGACAUCCAUGAGCGCAAACGAGGAGUGAUGCCACGCCGCGUGAAAGGAGCCAGCGAGGAUUCCAGUUAUUCCUGAAGCUCUUCUUGAACUGAUGGAGCCGUAGAAACGACCUGAACAGAAACUCUGAUGAAUGU